AGGCAAAGGCCUCUAAGGCGACCGACGUGUAGAUAAAAUUGGCAUAUUAUUAAAAUUCUUCAUUCCUUAACCACUACACUACACCUAUUACCAGGCUGCGCGAGCAAUUUGUUCAGAGGAUCAAAAGCUUUCAGAAUUAUUUUGUUCAACGGACUUGAGAUCAAGAUCAGAUCGACAUCAUCAUGAGUUUCCUCUUCGGCAAAAAGAAAACCCCCGCAGAACUUCUGCGAGAGAAUAAGAGGAUGCUCGAUAAAUCGAUUAGAGAGAUAGAGAGGGAGAGACAAGGUCUACAAACGCAAGAGAAGAAACUCAUUACUGAGAUUAAGAAAAGUGCAAAACAAGGGCAAAUGGGAGCUGUCAAGGUGAUGGCAAAAGACCUUAUUAGAACACGUCAUCAGAUUGAAAAAUUUUACAAGCUUAAGUCACAACUUCAGGGUGUAUCUCUUAGAAUUCAGACAUUGAAAUCCACACAAGCAAUGGGAGAGGCAAUGAAAGGUGUGACAAAAGCUAUGGGCCAAAUGAAUAGGCAGAUGAACUUGCCAUCACUGCAGAAAAUUAUGCAAGAAUUUGAGAAACAAAAUGAGAAGAUGGAAAUGGUGACUGAGGUCAUGGGUGAUGCAAUUGAUGAUGCUUUGGAAGGAGAUGAGGAAGAGGAAGAAACGGAAGAACUGGUUAAUCAGGUUCUUGAUGAGAUCGGAAUCGACGUCAAUCAAGAGCUUGUGAAUGCUCCAUCUUCUGCCGUUGCUGCACCUGCUGCAAAGGGCAAGGUUGCACAAGCAGAAACAGCAGCAAGUGACGACAGUGGGAUAGACAGUGAGUUACAGGCAAGGUUGACAAUUUAAGAAGAAUGUAAUAUGUGUCUAUUGUACAAUAUGGAUAUCAGCUCAACUGUGAGAGUUUAUUUGGUGCAUGUAAUAUUUGUGAAAAUUCUGCCAGGAUUUUGUGACUCAGGGUUUGAGAGAAAUGGAGAUUUUAAUAAUAUCAUUUUUACUAGUUUAUUGUAAAAUUGUAGAUGCAUAAGAAAAACCUCUGCGAAUGUGUUUAUAUGCUAACAAUAAAUGUUUCCAUUAGCCAA